AUGGACGCUCGAAAGGCCUCGAAGAAGCGCAAGGCUGUAACCCGUGAUGUGGAGGAAGAAGCGGGUGUCUUUUCUGGAGAUGAAUUGGGUGCGGAAAAUAUCGACGGCGCCCUCUCCGACAAUGCGAACGACCUUUCCGAGAGCGAAGACGACGAAUCCGAAAUCGAGCUGAUUGACGAUGUCAGCGACGAGGACGAGGAUGAAGAGGAGGAACUGGAUAGCGACGAGAUUCCGUCCGAUGUUGAGGAGCCGAAGACGCCUGUCGUAAAAGAAUCGCAGGCUGACGAGCCCAAUGUUCGCAUCGUGAAGGACGCCAAUGGAAACGACCGCUACCUGUACGACGAAAUCAACCCGGACGACAACUCGGACUAUUCGGACGUUGAAGAGAAUGCCAAUACAAUUGGUGACAUCCCGCUGUCUUUCUACGACCAGUACCCUCACAUUGGAUAUGACAUCAACGGCAAGAAGAUCAUGCGUCCCGCCAAGGGCGAGGCGCUCGAUGCUUUGUUGGAUAGCAUUGAGGUUCCCAAGGGCUGGACUGGUAUGACCGAUCCAAACACCGGAAAGCCCCUGGAGUUGAGUCAGGAGGAAUUGGAGGUCCUGAAGAAGGUUCAGAUGAAUGAGAUCCCUGGUGAGGGCUACGAUCAGUAUGAGCCAUUAGUGGAAUACUUCACUAGCCAGAAGGAGAUCAUGCCUCUCAGUGCUGCGCCUGAGCCUAAGCGCCGAUUUGUGCCGUCUAAGCAUGAGCAGAAGCGUGUGAUGAAGCUUGUCAAGGCCAUUCGCGAGGGCCGCAUUCUUCCUUACAAGGCGCCCGAGGAGCGCGAGGAGAAGGACGAGAACAUUAUCAACUUCGACCUGUGGGCAGACGAGGCCGAGCGGCCAGAUCACCCUAUGCAUGUCCCUGCUCCUAAGCUUCCUCCUCCUGGAUACGAGGAGAGCUAUCACCCGCCCCCUGAGUACCUGCCCGACAACAAGGAGCGCAAGGCCUGGGAGCAGACAGACCCAGAGGAUCGCGAGAAAGAUUUCCUGCCCAAUGACUUUGCCUCUCUCCGCAAAGUUCCCGGUUACGAGAAUUUCGUCAAGGAGAAGUUCGAACGCUGUCUGGAUCUGUAUCUCGCUCCCCGUGUUCGCCGCAGCAAGCUCAACAUCGACCCGGAGAGCCUUCUCCCCAAGCUGCCCAGCCCUGAGGAGCUCAAGCCUUUCCCUACCACAUGUGCCACCGUCUUCCGUGGCCACAAGGGUCGUGUUCGCUCGCUCAAUGUGGACCCUACUGGAAUCUGGCUUGCGACUGGUGGUGACGAUGGUACAGUUCGUGUGUGGGAGAUUCUUACUGGUCGUCAGUUGUGGAGUGCUCAAUUGAGCGACGAGAGUGCGGUAAACGUUGUCCGCUGGCGCCCCGGCAAGGACGCCGUCGUCCUGGCCGCCGCUUGCGGUGAUGAUAUCUUCCUGUCUGUGCCUCCAAUUGCCGAUCCCGAGAUCGAGAAGACGAGUCUGGAGAUCAUCGAUGCUGGUUGGGGUUACGCCGCCUCCAGCCCAGCUCCCAGCGCUGCCGAUGCCAACAAGAAGGCCGCACCUCCUCAAUGGAUCCGUCCUUCGUCUGCCCUCGCCGACGUCGGAGUUUGCGCCGUCAUUCCCCUCCGCUACGUCCCUAAGUCAAUCUCUUGGCACCGUCGAGGUGACUAUUUCGUCAGCGUCUGCUCCGGCGCCUCAACCCCUGCCUCUGUCGCGGUCGCCAUUCACACCGUCUCCAAGCACCUCACUCAAUUCCCCUUCCGUCGCCGCCUCAAGGGAGGUGGUCCCCCGCAAACCGCCCACUUCCACCCCUCCAAACCCAUCCUCUUCGUGGCGAACCAGCGCUCCGUCCGCGGCUACGAUCUCUCCCGCCAGCUGCUCGUCAAGAUCCUCCAGCCCGGAGCUCGCUGGAUCUCCUCCUUCGACAUUCACCCGACCUCAUCCAGUGCUGCCGGUGGCGACAACAUUAUCAUCGGUUCAUAUGACCGCCGUCUCCUGUGGCACGAUCUGGACCUUUCGCAGCGCCCGUACAAGACCCUUCGUUACCACCGCAAGGCCAUUCGCGCUGUCAAGUUCCACCCUGGUGGUCGGUACCCGCUGUUCGCUGAUGCCAGUGACGAUGGUUCGUUACAGAUCUUCCACGGCAGCGUUACGGGCGACAUGCUCAGCAAUGCUAGUAUUGUUCCUCUUAAGGUGCUUAAGGGACACAAGAUUACGGGCGAGCUGGGUGUCCUCGAUAUCGACUGGCAUCCGCGUGAGGCGUGGUGUGUUAGUGCCGGUGCGGAUGGAACGUGCCGUUUGUGGAUGUAA